AUGUCUCCCCAACCCCCCACGAAGACCGCACCCCCCUCACCACCCAAGCUCGCGCAGCCCGCGGGCAUCCGCAAGAAGUCGAAGGAGUCGAAGAAGACGUCUCCCACCAGCAAGACCACCACCACCGCCACCAAGGCCCCCACCACCACCGCCCCGCCCGACCCCAUCCUCGAGCGCCCACAGUCACCAGCCGCCGAGUCUAUACGCGCGUGGCGCAUUCUGGAGUCUCUCGCGGAGGACCACCAGGUCGACCAGCGUACCAGCUUUAGCGAGAACGCAAAGCUGCUGGUGGAACUCAAGCAGCGCCAGAAACAGAUACUCUGGGCGAUGCACCGGUGCAUGUACCUGGAGAAAAAGUACGAUGUCGCCAGCGAGGACAGGAUGUGCCGCCUCCGUAGGCUGAAGAAGGGGAGGGGGUAUACCCCCACCAAGGCCGCUAGGAUCAUGAUGGUCAAGACGGGGGGUUGGGGAGUGGAGGAGGACGACGAGGACGAGGAGGACGAGGAGAAUGAGGACGACGAGGAGAACGAGGAGAAGGAGAAGAAGGAGGAGAUUGAGAAGAAGGAAGAGGAGAAAGAGGAGGAGUGGGAAUAUCAAAUGCCCGGAAUUAAUGGCGAACGUCUAAAAUCCCAAUAG